GCGACUAUUAUCACCCGAUUCCUCAUGAUCGUAUCCUCACGAUCCCAAGGAAUACUUUUUCGGUCUACGUGGGGUCACUCAGCAUGUGUGUGAUGAAGAAAUGAAAGAAUGCAUCCUGCCUCUUCAAAGCAAACCUGAUCCAAGAGAAGGAUGUACACGAGACUAUGUCGAGACUGGUUCGUCUGGAUUGUACCCUACCGAGGGACAAUACGAAGAAGGAGAAGGUUGUCGAACAUCACUUACCGCCGGAGCUUGUCAAGAACAUAGUCGAGAAGCAUGUGUACCUGCCGGACCCAAAACCUGCUGUAAAGAAGAAAAAGGAGAUAAUACGGCACCUGGAGCCGGAGCGUAUCAAAAAGACAGUCAACGAACAUGUGUAUCUCUCUGAGCCCGUCAUAGAAGUUGAGCACAUCGUUCAUUAUCACCAUGGUAGUGGUAGUCGUCAACCCUACUCAACCUGGCAUGGGUCACAUCAUGAGUACGGAGAGAUUUCAAAGAGUGCAGAGAAGAGGUCGAAGAAGUAUGUAAAGGCUAAGAUGGAAGAAUCCGACUCGGAUGACGCAAGGAAGCACAUAAGCCCAAUCAGACGCAAGGAAAGGCGAAGAGAGGAUGACCAUAGCGAGGGUGAACGGAACUACUCAAGGAACGGAAAGGGAAAACAGAAGAAUGAUAGAAGGGACGACCGCGAUGUUCCACGCCGCAGGAACCACCACCGUAAGCGAUUGUCAGGUCGGUCCGGUCGACAUGACCACGAUGAUCGUAAUAACAAUUCCAAGAAAGAACAUAGAGCCAGGUCUCGUUCUCGGGAUUGCAGUCAUUCAAGAAGACGCUCAUCGCAUAAAGGAUCUCUCAGCACAGAAACCCUUAAACGGUCCAGUACCAAGAAGCGCGAAAAGUCCCGCGCUCGUGAGCCCGAACCCGAAGCCUCCGAUCAAGAAGAUGACGAAGGUGACGUAUACUACGAAAACGACACUAUCAACAGCGAGUCCAAGGUUUCUUCAUCGUUCACGAAAAGAAUAGAGGCUCCACGGAAAACUCCUCCAGUCAGCUCAUUCGAUCCCUACAUCGCUCUCGGGCUUCAAGGCCAACGUCCAACCGUUGAUCAAGUCGACAUCGACGCAUCGUACAAGUUCCUCUUGAGGAAGUGGCAUCCCGAUCGGCACAUGAGCAGAACAAAAGAAGAGCAGGACAACGCAACCGAGAGGACAGCUGAGCUUAACAGGGCGUACGAUAUCUUAGGGAAUGCGGGGAGGAGAAAGGUAUUUGAUCGAACCGGGAAGACAGAGUUUUGGGAGCUUAACCAACUCGUUGAGAAGGAAGCGAAAAAGGAGAUGGCGAUCGCGAGACCUGGACAGGGAGUGUUAAAGAACCUUCAAUUUCUUUGAGAAGAAGUAAGGCUCAAGUGACUGCCCGGAUGGAAUAAGAAUUUAUGUACAACCUGCAUCACCAGCCCCGGG